CUCCCUCCGUCAGCUAGCUAGCAAAGCGCUCUCCGCUACGUUCACGGAGGACUGCCAGCGAUAUAAAGGUUCGUCGAGGUCUCCGUGUCCCCCUCCCCCCUCGGACAGCGAUGGCGUCAGUUGGAGUCCUUCCUGCCGGCCCGGCAAACUGUGUGACCAAGGUGGCGUUGAGCAUCUCCUGUGAUAAUCUGCUGGACAUGGAUGCCUUUUCCAAGUCUGACCCCAUGUGCGUGCUUCGGCUGAACUCUUCAGGGUCUUACUGGCAGGAGAUUGGCCGAACGGAAAAAAUACAAAACUGCCUAAAUCCCAAAUUUUCCAAGAGGAUCGUCCUUGACUACUACUUUGAGAUGGUGCAGAAGCUCAGGUUUGAGUUGUAUGACAUCGACAGUGAGAGCUGCAGUCCAGAAGAGGCCGACUUCCUUGGACAACUGGAGUGCACCUUGGGACAGAUUGUGUCCUCGAGAAAAAUUACAAAGCCGCUUGUAAAGAGAGACAAGACGCCAGCAGGGAAAGGAACAAUAACAAUUUGUGCAGAAGAGAUGACUGACAACAGGAUGGUGGCAUUUGAAGUCUCUGCCAGGAAACUAGACAAGAAGGACUUUUUCGGAAAAUCCGACCCAUUCCUGGAAUUCUACAAGGAGACGGAAACGGGAUGGCAGCUGGCUCAUAGGACAGAGGUCGUGAUGUACAACCUGAACCCGACAUGGAAGCCAUUCAGAAUCCCGAUGCAGGCCCUCUGUGGAGGUGAAAUAGAAAAAUCUAUAAAGGUUGAAUGCUACGACUAUAACAACAGCGGAUCGCAUGAUUUCAUCGGCUCCUUUACCACGACGCUCAGCCACAUACAGCAGGCGUCCCAGUCAUACGCAGCAGAGUAUGAAUGCAUCAACCGCAAGAAGAAGGAGAAGAAGAAGGGUUACAAAAACUCAGGAGUUAUUGUCAUAAAACAAUGCAAGAUUUUGAAGGAGUACACAUUUCUGGAUUAUAUCAUGGGCGGCUGUCAGAUCAACUUCACAAUUGCUAUCGAUUUCACGGGCUCUAAUGGGGAUCCCAAGUCACCCCAGUCCCUACACUACAUCAACCCUCAGGGCUACAAUGAGUAUCUGGCAGCCAUCUGGGCUGUUGGUAACGUCAUCCAGGACUAUGAUAGUGACAAGAUGUUCCCUGCCUUUGGUUUUGGUGCCCAGCUCCCUCCAAGUUGGCAGGUCAGCCACGAGUUUCCAAUCAACUUCAACCCUUCAAAUCCAUUCUGUGCAGGCAUAGAAGGGGUGGUCGAUGCCUAUCAGCAGUGUCUGCCUCAGGUGAAGCUUUAUGGUCCAACCAACUUCUCUCCAAUCAUCAACCACGUCGCCCAAUUUGGCCGAGCAGCCUUACAGCAGCAAACCGCCUCUCAAUACUUCGUCCUGCUGAUCAUCACCGAUGGAGUCAUCACCGACAUGGACGAGACGCGGAAAGCCAUCGUCAACGCCUCCCGGCUGCCAAUGUCUAUCAUCAUCGUCGGGGUGGGAGGGGCUGACUUCACCGCCAUGGAGUUCCUGGAUGGAGACGAUGGGAACCUCCGCUCGGCCACAGGCGAAGCCGCCAUGAGGGACAUCGUGCAGUUUGUGCCGUUCAGGCAGUUCCAGAAUUCUCCUCGGGAAGCUCUUGCUCAGAGUGUCUUGGCAGAAGUCCCAGGUCAGGUGGCGGGCUUCUUCAAAACGAUGAGUCUGAGCCCGCCUUGCGGCGACCUUCCUCCUACCUAUAACGACGUGGCAUCAGCGCCCCCAGCUGAUGCACACUGAGCACCAACCUUUUCCUUCUACAAACGCCAUGACCCUUGAACUUUAAAACCCCUUUGUAAGAUGUUCCAGUCUUUCUAGCAUGUGCUGCGCAAUUCGAAGGACAAGUUAGUUUAGUUAUUUUAAUACUAAACAGCACGUUUUAUACAAUGCUCACAUUUAACAGGUUAAGUUUUAUUAAUAUGAUGUAUUACAUAUUAUAUGUGAGGUCUAAAUGAAUAUUAUAAGACAGUCUUUCAGUAAUUCCGAUCUGGUAAAUUAACCAGCAUAUACAGCUUUUUUCUAUGUUGCCUGUGUCAGAUCAUCAAUCCAUGUCGUUUUAUGUCUUUCCUACACAGUGAGGUUGUUUUCUAAUAUUUCUACCUCGCAUACAUCCAAUUUCCAUAGUUACCACCAAAGAUCCAUAUACAAUCUAAAUGUAGCACAAUUACCCAAGGUGCUGUGUAAAAAUACAAUUUUAAAAAGUAGAGAUGCACCGGUCCGAUACCUGGAUCAGAUAUCUGAUCUGAUAUUGACUAACUAGCUGGAAUAGAUAUCGCCUGCGAUAUUGACUGGUUAGAUCGAUCCGGUAUUCGCUCCGAUAUCGACUAAUUAGAUCCAUCGGGUAUCGCCUCCGAUAUCGACUAAUUAGAUCCAUCGGGUAUCGUCUCCGAUAUCGACUAAUUAGAUCCAUCGGGUAUCGCCUCCGAUAUCGACUAAUUAGAUCCAUCGGGUAUCGUCUCCGAUAUCGACUAAUUAGAUCCAUCGGGUAUUGUCUCCGAUAUUGACUUAUUAGAUUGAUCUAGUAUUGGCUCCGAUAUUGACUAAUUAGAUCGAUCUAGUUUCCGCUCUGAUAUUGACUAAUUAGAUCCAUCGGGUAUCGGCUCCGAUAGUAACUGAUUAGCUUGAUCGGAUAUCGGCUCCGAUAUUGAAUAGCUAGAUGGAUAGGAAAUCGGCUCUGGUGUGGACUGAUUAGCUGGAUCAGAUAUUGUUGAUUUGAUAUCAGCUAUCCGUGAUCCAAUCAUGUGCAUUUUACAUGGAACUGACCUUUCUGUUUGCUGCUUAUUUGUUAACAAAUAAUAUAACUUAACUCAACAAUUGAAUUGGAUAUUGGUCGAUAUGCUCAGCCCAGGUAUUGGUAUCGGAUCAGUUCAGGAUAA